AUCUCUGAGGAAUGGUCUAAGGGAGUCUUUGUGGUGAAACAAAGUGAUGAGGAUAUUCACACUGCCAACGAACGCAGACUGAAGGAGCUGAUUGGGGAUAUAGCUGGAAAGCUGCACACUGGAAGAAGCAGGAAUGAUCAGGUUGUGACUGACCUGAAGCUGCUCCUGAAGAGUUCCAUCUCUGCAAUCUCCACUCACUUGCUGCAGCUCAUCCAGUCCUUGGUGGAGCGCGCUGCUACAGAAAUUGAUGUUAUCAUGCCUGGCUACACCCACCUGCAGAAAGCUCUGCCCAUCAGAUGGAGCCAGUUCCUGCUCAGCCACGCUGUUGCACUGAUUCGUGACUCUGAGCGCCUGGGUGAGGUGAAGAAAAGGAUGAACGUCUUGCCUCUGGGAAGCGGUGCUCUGGCUGGGAACCCACUGGAAAUUGAUAGAGAGCUUCUGCGUAGUGAACUGGACUUUGCAUGCAUCAGCCUGAACAGCAUGGAUGCCAUCAGUGAGAGAGACUUUGUGGUGGAAUUACUCUUUGUUGCCACUCUGCUGAUGAUCCACCUUAGCAAGCUGGCCGAAGAUCUCAUCAUCUUCAGCACCACUGAAUUUGGCUUUGUGACUCUCUCUGAUGCCUACAGCACUGGCAGCAGCCUGUUGCCUCAGAAGAAGAAUCCUGAUAGCCUGGAACUGAUCCGCAGCAAAGCUGGUCGUGUGUUUGGACGGUUGGCUGCAAUUCUCAUGGUUCUGAAAGGAAUUCCAAGCACCUUCAGCAAGGAUCUGCAGGAGGACAAGGAAGCUGUCCUUGAUGUUGUGGACACUCUGACUGCUGUGCUCCAGGUUGCCACCGGAGUGAUUUCUACCCUCCAGAUCAAUAAGGAGAACAUGGAGAAGGCUCUGACCCCUGAGUUGCUGUCUACUGAUCUGGCUCUCUACUUGGUUCGUAAAGGAAUGCCAUUCAGACAAGCUCACGCUGCUUCUGGGAAGGCCGUCCACCUUGCUGAGACAAAAGGCAUUGCUAUCAAUAAACUCAAUUUAGAGGACCUGAAGAGCAUCAGCCCUCUGUUUGCCAGCGAUGUCUCCCAGGUCUUCAGCGUUGUCAACAGCGUGGAGCAGUACACUGCCGUGGGCGGCACUGCCAAGAGCAGCGUGACUGCCCAGAUCGAGCAGCUGAGGGAGCUGCUGAAGAAGCAGAAGGAGCAAGCUUAGAGUGUGGGGACAAAUCCCGUGGCUGCAGCGUUGUGCUUAUCACACUAAUCCAGAUUUAAUAAACACUGUGGUGUAUUGUAGU